AUGGAGGCUGCUCUUUCAAAAGAAAUCCCUCAGUUUGUGAGUGUCAUGGAGAAGUGGGAAGAUCAAACGCAGAAGACCUGCCAUAAGCUGGAGCAGAAUGUCAGUGUUGCACUUGAGGACGGAGACGGAGAGGUGGAGCAUGCCUUUGCUAGCCUAUACAGCUACGCACAAGAUUCCUUGACUUUCGGCCCUGCUUGUCUGUCAAAAAUCACCAUGGGCACGGUGGAAUCUGCUCUUGAUAAGCUGUUGCAGCAUUCCGAAAAACAGCUGCAGCAGCUGCACAGCCACCUGGAUCGCUACCAGUUUGAAGCUGCCUCGAAGUGCAUGCAACAGCUGCAGGCACUUCAUGUCUUCUUUGAAGGCGGCUUCGCGGAGCAAGUUGCAAGACUCGAGCAGCGAAGCGGUUUGCCCUCGGAGAAAGUGCAACAGAUCCAGGAGGUGCUGGCGAAUGUGAGGCCAGAGUCUGUGCACAACCUGGGCGAGAAAGCUGAGGGCAUGGUGGAGGCAAGAGCCACGGACUUGUUGGAGCGAAAUUUGUUCGACAAGUUUGCAGAAUUGAUUUGUCAGCUUCCGCACUUGGGAAUGUUUCUGCAUGGCCGUGAUAAUCCAAGCAAACUUCGGUCAAAGCUGCGCGAAUUGGUGGUCAAGACACACAGCCAAGCUCACAAAAAAAUUGAACAGUGUUGGGAUACUGAUGACGAUGAGCAGUUGUUCCAACACUUGAGCCAGCUCGCAUCCAUCUCCAAGUCCAAGAUCAUUGUCGACCUUGACGUUGAGCUCCGCAGUGUGACUCGUGAUUGGAAGCGUAAGCUGAAGGACAAAAUGGACGAUCACGGCUCUGUAGCCGAGGAGAGGCUCAAGAGCUGGGCAGAAGGCACAGCACGUCAGACGAUUGUUGUGGAACUCACCAGGGAGCUGAUCAAUCUGGCCCGCAUGCACUUGCUGCUUCAUCACGAAGCCUUUCGGGAGGUUGCAGCAGAUGCACGGAAGUUGCUGGUUGCACUGUUGGAUAUGUGCGCAGGCUGCCCUCAGGGGCACACCCUCAUUCGGGAGCUGGAUAAGGCUCUCCAGCCCGAGAUGCUGCAUUCACGGGACGCUAGAUAUGGCUCGUGGAUUGCACAAACCUUUAGUCAUUUCCGAGACUGGGGAACUCUCCACUUCAAUCAGGUCAUGAAGAAGUCGCCGGAGGAUAUCCUAAAACAAUGGGAGCUGCCGGAUGCGGAGAAGACGGAGCUCAAAGCAGGAUAUCAUGCGUACGAGGAGACCGAGAAAAGCAUCUUGAAUCGCUGGGACCAGGGGCGCGAUUUUUCUCUUGAAGACGUGGUCGCGCAAGCUUGCAAGCUUGCACAGUCCACUUCACAAUUAUCUUCAGUGCAGAAGGCCGAGCUCUUAGCUCAUGUUUCUGCAACGUACAGCAUAUGCACCUGUGGGAAAGCAUAUGCCGAAAUGAAAGCCGAUGCUAAAGCAGAUGUGGACACGUCCUUGCUCUUGAAGAAAUUGCACCCAAGCCAGGUUUUCACCUGCCUUCGCUUGCUUGGUUGUAGUCGUGAUGAAGAUCUGCGCAGUCAUUUGGUGCAAGUGAGGACUGGGGAAGGCAAAUCGAUUGUUCUGGGUAUGCUUGCGACUGUACUUGGCCUUUCUGGGAAGAAGGUAAGCGUGGUUUGCUAUUCUCAGUACCUGAGCGACAGGGACCAGAAGGAUUUCGCACCUCUUUUUGAGCUCUUCCAGCUUCAAGACCGCAUCAAGUACGACAUCAUCGAAAGCUAUGUCGAGAACAGGGUCAAGGACAUGCGGCCAUGCACAGAGGCUUUGCUUUCCGGCGAACCUGACACCACCGCAGUACAUGAGGCUGGCACGUCUGGUCUUGAAGAAGUGUUGCUGGUGGAUGAAGCGGACAUUCUGCUCAGUGAGAGCUACCUUGGGGGUACAUUCAACCAGGUGGCUGAGGUUGGGGCAGCCGGCUUGCUUCGAAAGAUCUGGGAAUUGGGUGAGUCGGUGCCCAAGGAUCAGCUGCUGGAGGAGGCCAGAAAAAGCCAAGAGUAUGAUGCCCUGAAGCAGCAACUGGGAGGACAGUGGGGCUUUCUAAUCGACUUCGAGACUCAACGGAUAUUGGCUCAGCUCAAGGAGUUUCAAAGCUCAGCCCAUGCCCGUCGAUUCCAUUUCGACGAAGUCGACAAAAGGAUUGGAUACUUUCAACAUGACACCGUGAACUAUGACGUAUCGUUCGGGUAUCACACCGUUUUUGCAUAUCUGCAGCUGGCAGACGAAGGGAAGCUAGCGGACGAUACUCUAGAAGCUGUUCUGAAUCUUCAAAUUCCGUGUGCACGGUAUUCCUAUGCAGACAUUCUGCUCCCCAAGGUCAUACUUGGUGUCUCUGGCACAGUCCCUGAGCGGGACUCCGGCAAGCGUGCUGUCCUUCAGCAGGUUCUUGGUAUUGAUGAUGAAGGCCAAUACAGCUGCAUGCCUUCCGUCUUUGGGGAGUCGAACUUGCGUUUCUUGGAUUCAGCGGCUGUUGGCAGCCCACUUCUGGUCUGCGAUGUGCACGACUAUUUCCUGGAAAUUGCUAAGGACAUAAACCAGAAGUUACGGGAGGGGCGUGCCGUUUUGGUGUUUUUUGCGGAUCGUGCCAGACUGGAAGCAUUUGCAGCUUCAGAGCAAUGUGGCAAUGUCGUCUCCAAGCCGGAUGUCCUCAGCGAACUAAAUUCUCCAGAGGAGCGGACCAGCAUCGUUCUCCGCGCCGCGACCGUUGGGCGUGUGACUCUUUGCACUGCAGCUUUUGGGCGAGGCACAGACUUCAUAAGUGUGGACUCCCAGCUUCUUGAGAAUGGUGGCCUGCACGUGAUCCAAUCAUUCUUCUCCAUGGACAAGAGCGAGGAGAUCCAGAUCCAGGGACGCACAGCAAGGCAAGGCCAGCCGGGGAGCUACUCGAUGAUCCUCAGUGCGGAGGACCUAGAAAGUCAAGGCCUGAAAGACAUUCCCAAAGGGUCUCCAACUGAGAAGUACCAGGUGCUAGAAAAGUUCCGGGAACAGCGUGGACACGAGUGGAAGGCAAACGUCGACGACAAACUGGUGCAGGCCCAGAGGUUGCAAGCGAAGACGGAAGACUUCGCAAGGGCUGUGGAAACAGGAAAUGCUGAUGAAGUGCGCGCAGCUUUCCGACGCUUCUACAACUUUGCACAAGGGGAACAGGAAGCCAAUGUGGCCAAUGCGGCUUGUUUCACCGUGACAGCUGAAAACGCGUUGUGUCGUCGGCAGCACCGCAUCGUCUUUGUUUGCGAUGCCACAGGUUCCAUGAAAGGUUUGUGGAAGCAGACUCGCAAUGCAAUCAGAACGGCCCUAGACCGCCUUGACGAGAUCGGAGGCUUCUUCGAGUUCAUGUGGAUCGCAUACAGAGACUACAGUUCGUCUGCGACAGAUCUUGUGCAGAAGAGCGUUUGCACGGACAAUGCCAGCGAGCUGGAGAAGUUCCUUGAUGGCGUGUUUUGCCACGGAGGUGCAGGGGACGGUGCAGAAGCCGUCGAGGCCGGACUUCGGGAAGCGAGGCUUCAGCAUGGGCGGGGACAAGUCUCUGGCAUCAUUCUGAUCGGCGACGACAUUCCGAGGGAAAGAAUAGUGGAAGAGAGCCACUUCAAGUGCAGAAUGGAGACCGACUACCACGCAGAGACCCUUCGGCUGCGCGAGCUUGGAGUGCCCGUUUUCAGCUUCAGGGUCGGUAACCAUUCCGGUGUGGAGAAGACUUUCAGAUACAUUUCAGAGCAAACUGGCGGUCAGUUCAAUGACUUGAACCUGGAUGUGGAGACAGAGGUCUUGGUCGAUGUUCUGUGCACCUUCUCCAUCACGGCUGCUGGUGAUCAUGAGCAGUUGGCUGAGUACAGGCGGCGCUACAAGAGGUUCGUUCACGCUUUUGGAAAUGUUUGCCCAAAGACUUUGCGUGUGCAGCGCUGGCGCAGACUCCUGCAAGAGUUUGGAGGCUUCGUGCCUCCCGUAGACAGCAAGGAACACAGCUCGCUCUUCUUCUAUGUUUUGCUGGCAACCGGACUGGCUUUUUGGACACGGGCUAUGCCGACACCUUUCUUGCCGCUGGUUAUGUCGCGGGAUUUUCACCAGACGCCAGCGCACGUCGGAUUUGCAAUGUCGGUGUACCCUUUGGGCGCCUUCGUUGCCACACCGUGCGCAGCCGCGCAGGCACAGCGGUCUUCGCAAAUCCUGCGUUUGCAUUCUUGGACGCUAAUGUUCAUGGCAUUGAGUUCUCUUCUCCUGGCAUUGUCACACCAGGUGCACGACUUUGCAGGACCGGAUGCUGUCUUCGUGGCGCUGCUCGUAUGCCGUUUCACCCAAGGCAUCAGCCAGGCAUACUACAUGGCAGCCAACACCACUUUGAUUUCGAGAAGCUUUACAGCUGUGGCCUACACUGUGGCCAUGGCGGAAGUGGCAGUUGGCUCGGGCGCGCAGCUCGGGCGACUUGCCGGUGGCCUUCUUUUCGACCUGGGCGGCUUCGGUUGCCCCUUCCUUGUCGCUUCUGUGGCGCUUUCUCUUUGCGCCCUCGUCGGCCUGAUGUUCGAAGACGAGGUCCAAGAGGACGAGGAAGUCUGCCGUGGUGGUGACUCAGAAGACACGCAGGACUCCUGGAAGGCUUUCUUCACACUGCGCAUCUUCGUGACAGUGGCAGGUGUUUUCUCCGCUUACAUGGUGACAGGUCUCAUGGAUUCCACCCUGCCCCAGCACUUGGAGGCACAUUUGGGCCCUCUAUCCGUCUCGGCAGUCAGUGCCAUCAGCUCCCUGCGAAGUUUGACGUACCUGCUGGUGUCAUGGCAGUGCGCCCAAGUCCUGCGCCUGGAGCUCCUGAGCUUGGAGGCGCUGCAAUCCGCCGGCUUCGGCCUCGCGACGCUGGGCCUGAUUCUUGUGGCACCGCAGCGCUUUGUUGUGGACACGGAGUCGCUCCUGCCCAGCGGAGCCCUGGCCAAUGCUUGGGCUUGUCAGAUCCUCGCUCUGGUGCUGACGUCCACAGGGAACGCCAUGCUUUUCGUGCCUGGUCUGCCGCUGCUGCAGGCAGAAGUCCGACAUCUAGGACCUGCUGCGUCGGAGCGUGUCUCCUCUCUGCUGAUGGCCGCAAUGUCGGGAGGCGAGUUCCUCGGUCCCAUCGCAGGCGGCGCCUUGGAGGAACGCUGUGGCUUCCGCGACUCCUCGGCGCUCUUCGCGGCGGGGCUUGCGCCAGGCGUUCCCAUGGGACUCGUCGCCUUCUUUGGCCCCCAGUCCAGCCGAAGCCGGGACCAGCCGCUGCUUGAGAGGCAGUUCUCGUACACGGAGGAGUCGAUUGACUUGGCCAAGAACCUCACGGUCCCUUUUGAUCCUGAGAGCGCCUACAGGUUCCGACGCCUGGCUUUCCUGGGGCCGGAAGUCCGCAGGCGCGUGCACUCUGCUCCAGCGCAGGAGCGUCGCCCAUUCGUUCCCCGACUGCCGGGUUCUUCCACAGCACCCUCCUCGAUCUUCCGCCGGAUCUUCCUCCCGGAGGCCAAAGCCGCCCGGGCGCCGCUACCAUCGAUCCCUGAGGCUCGUCGGGCUAGCUCGUACGGGCAUAGUGGUCGCAGCAGUGGACACGGAGAAAGGUCUGACAGAAAAAAAUAG